AUGUGUGUACCGGAAUAUUUCUUCAAUGAUGAUCCAUAUAAUCCCGAUUGCUCUGAUAGUACAGAUGAACAUGUAAAUGAUAGUCCACGAGUACAAAUACCAGGAUUUCGUGAAUGUUUUCGUGAUCCAGCAUUUCGAUGUGAGGAAUCAGAUUAUUCGAUGCAAUCUCCAUCACUCGUAUGUGGAGAUGGACAAAGAAAUUAUUUACGCUUUCCGGAUAUAGGUGAUUUUCGAAAAUUGCGGUCAUGUGCUAAUAGUCGUGAUCUGGUCUUUGAAAAAAGUUUAUUAUCGUAUCAUGAGAAUUCACAUUUAUCAUAUGAUUGCUGGUUUUUUUUCUAUUGUGCAACAACUGGUACUACGAGUCUUUCAUGCAUGAAGCUAUGUAAUGAAGAUGAGUGUCACGAGUGUAUCUCACCCAUAACAUUUGAAAUCUUUUGUCUACCUGCUCAUCGGGCUGGCGAUGGUAUUGUCGAUUGUCUCGGGUCAACAGAUGAGCGAGCCUUUUGCCGAUCUAUAAAUCCAACGAAUGCUGGUUCUCGUUAUAAAUGUUGGAAUACGGUUCACUGUAUUGCAAACAACGAUAUUUGUUGGUACGAUCUGUGUCCUAUUGAAAAACUACUUGGCUGUAAAAGAGAUGUUGAAAUGAUUUUAGAACGUUUAUCGCAAGACAAGGGACUUCAAUAUCCAAAGUAUGCCCAUUUUCUACUUGAACGCUUUGUUGAAACAUAUCCAUUAGAGACCUGGGAGCGAACACAUAUUGAAAAUGCUGAAUGUUCUUCUCCUCUGGAAGAAAAUUUGCCAAUUGAACAAACUGAUGUUUUAAUUGUUGGUAGUGGUCCAGUAGGUUGUACAUUUGCUCGUGUAUUGAUUGAAUUAAAAUCUUCACAUACAUUAGAGAAGAUUUUAAUGAUUGAUGCUGGACAACAAUUUUCAAUUGUUCCGGGUGAAAAUAUUAAGAACAGUUGUUAUUAUUCAAGAAAUGUUAAUCAAUUUACACGAAUUAUUGAAGGUCAAAUGCAAUUGAUUUCUGUACCGCCCAAUGCAGAAAAAUUACCUUAUCCACCUCAUCCAAUUGCUGAAACACCACAUUCUCCCAAUUUUCUGAUUACCAAUAUUAAUGUAAAUCAAAAUCCUAAUGUUAAUUUGCCAGCAGCAGCGGUAACUUAUGCCGUUGGUGGUAUGGCAACGCAUUGGACUUGUUGUACUCCACGUACCUUAAUUGGAGUUGAAAGACCUGGCGAAGAAUAUGGGAUUACUCAUUGCGAAUGGGAAGAGUUAUACUCAGAAGCAGAAACAUUUUUCAAGACUGAUACAACACUGUUUGAAAAUUCUAUUCGACAACAAGUUUUACAAGAUUAUUUAAAAAAAAUUUAUGGUGAUCGAGUAGCUCCAAUGCCAAUUGCUGGUUUUCGUGAUCCAAAUAAAAAUUUCAUUACUUGGUCAGGUGCUAAUACAGUUCUCGGUCCUUCAAUUGUUGAUCCAUUAGGACCAAAAGGAAUUAAUCCAAAACUACAUCCUAAAACAUUUGAUAUUUUACAACAGACAAUAUGUACAAAAUUAAUAUAUAAUAAAGAUGAAAAUGAUCAUUCCAAAAUGAAACAUAUUCAAGCAGCAUUAGUUCAUGAUUUACAAUUAAAUAAAAAUCGUUUAAUACAAGCAAAAGUCUAUAUAAUUGCUUGUAAUCCAAUUUUAACACCACAACUAUUAUGGAAUUCUGAUAUUAGACCUGAAGCAUUAGGAAGAUAUUUGUGUGAUCAACCAAUGACAUUUUGUCAAAUUUUAUUAAGACAAGAAAUUUUAAAUACAAUUAAAGAAUAUCAAGAUUCAAAAAUCCAUUUAAUGAAAUCGGCAAAAACUUUAAUUAUUGAUAAAAGAGAUAAAAUAUCAAUUCCACUAGAUGAUCCACCACCAGCAUUAUUAUUGAAAGUUACGAAAGAUCAACCAUGGCAUGUUCAGAUUCAUAAAGAAGCAUUUUUUUCUGAAAAAUGGCAUACUAGUAUAGAUUCAAGAUUAAUUCUAGAUAUUCGAUAUUUUUCUCGUGUUGAACCACGUAAAGAAAAUUUCGUUACAUUUGAAGAAAAUAUAUUUGAUGUAAUGAGUUUACCACAGCCAACAUUUACUUUUAAUUUAAAUCAAAAAGAAAAGAAUGAAAUUCAUUUGAUGAUGAAAGAAAUGACAGAAUUGGCUAACCAUUUAGGCCCCUUUUUACCUGGAGCUGAACCAAAAAUAUUGCCAUUAGGUACUUCAGUACAUUUACAAGGUACUCAUCGUAUUGGUACAAAAUCAGACGAGAGUGUCACUGACAAUAAUAGUCGUGUUUGGAAUUUUGAUAAUUUAUUUUUAGGUGGCAAUGGAAGUAUUCCAACAUCAAUUGCUUGUAAUCCAACUUUAACAAGUGUUGCAAUUGCCAUUCGUUCUGCAAGAUAUAUUGCAGCAACAUAUAAGAAGUUAUAA